UCUUUCUUCAGAGCUCUAUUUUGCCCUUUACCCCUUUUAUUUAUUCAUCAAUAAAUACUCCUUAUAACCUUGCCAAACUGCCUUUCUUUCCGUUUCUUACUAUCCCUCUCUUUCAAAAAAAGAAGACCCAUUUCUUCUUCUUCUUCUUCACUUGGAACCCUCUUGCAAGCUCAAAAAUGUCGAGUAGAGCGAGUAAGCGUGUGAGUUUCAGCCCUGAUGUCAAUGAUAAACCAACGGUCUUUCUCAAACAUGGAGGCAGUACAAGAUCAGCCGGAAACAGGAGGCGAGUCAUAGUUGGAAUUUUCAGUUUUAGAGUACCCAGAAGUUCAAGAUUUUCACCGGCAAGCUUACUCAGGCGUCUUGGUGCUAGAGUGGCGAGAGCUCUUCGUUUUGUGUCUACCCCAAAGAGGUCUUCACGUAAAGUUUCUUCAUCCACUUUGCAAAGAUCAAGGUCAUUAGCAGACUCAAUCGACUCUCAUAGAGCUGAAGCUAUAGAAGAUUGCAUCGAGUUCUUGAAUACUUCGUCCUCCAUGUCAAGAUCAAACUCAGUUUCUGCAAGUUCUUGCUAGAACUUCUGCAGUGAAUAGAUAAACAUGUAAGGGAAACGAACAGAGAGUAUGAUUUUAAGAAGUUUCUAUUAGAUGCCCUGUAAGUUUGACGCAGUAACAAUCAGUGACCAUAGCUCCAUUGAAGCAACAGUUAACAAGGUUUCUUUUGGACAAGUUUGACCUGAUCCAAUUGAACCGCAUCAAGCUCAAGUACAGAAAGAGGAUCUCAUAAGGUUGGUAAAUUCUUAUUUCAGUUGCAGAGGUCAAAUAGCUUUCUGCAUAUUCUUUGAGAAAAUUUUGCAUGGUUUUGAAAUUGUAAGAAAGGACCCAAAUGGCUCAUUGAUUGUAAGAAGUUUUACUUAGAUACAGGACAAGUAGCAGUAAACACGUUUUCUGAUGCAAUAAUAUUAUACUUACAAAUAAAUCUUACAAAGAUUUCCCACUAUUACAAAUAUUUCCGUAUAAAGUGGGAUGUCAAAAAAUGAAUAGAAGAGUAAAACAAAAAAUUAAACUCAUUAAAUCUAUUAUUCCAUUCAAUUUUUGUCACAUCACUUUGUAUAAAGAUCUUUGUAAAAUUUAUUUAUAAGUGUAGUAUUACGAUUUCUCUUUAUUAUGAUUGCAAUUAUAGAACAAACUGUUAAUUUUAUGAUAAGAUGCUGUGCAGCUCUAUUCAUGCUUCAUGCUUGUGCCAAGAGAUGACUGCUUAGACAUACUGUACGCCAUGCUUUAUAUUUUC